UGGCUGGAGAGGAUCCGAGGGGUCCAGCGUUCCUAGGACUGGGGCUGAAGUGUUGGGCUGCGUGGGUCGGGGCAGACCGGAGGAGCCACCAGGGGUCGGGACCACAUUCACGUGCUGUGUCGCCCGCAGGCGGUGCCUACGCGGCCGAGCCCGAGGAGAACAAGCGGACGCGCACCGCCUACACUCGCGCGCAGCUGCUCGAGUUGGAGAAGGAGUUUCUAUUUAACAAAUACAUCUCCAGGCCGCGCCGGGUGGAGCUGGCCGUUAUGCUGAACUUGACCGAGAGACACAUCAAGAUCUGGUUCCAAAAUCGCCGCAUGAAGUGGAAAAAGGAGGAGGACAAGAAGCGCAGCUGCGGGACCGUGUCCGCAGGUGGCGGGGACGCGGAGCCCGAGCAGGACUGCGCGGUGACCUCUGGCGAGGAGCUGCUGGCGCUGCCACCACCGCCGCCCCCCGGGGGUGCCGUGCCGCCCGCUGUCCCGGCCGCCGCCCGAGAGGGCCGCCUGCCGCCUGGCCUGAGUGCUUCGCCUCAGCCUUCCAGUGUCGCGCCCCUACGGCCACAGGAACCCCGGUGAGAGAUGGGGCUCCUCCCGCCAGGUGGCUUCGACCCCUCGCAAAGGAGGGAGGAGCGGAGCUAGGACCCCGGGUGUGGACCAUCGGUCCUGGUCCUUCGAUGGGGCAGGAGCUGAGGGACGCACCGCAGACUGGAGGGGAUAACCCGCGCCGCGAGGCGCCUGUGUCUACUGGGGCGCGUAGCUGCCCUACCUUCUGGAAGGAGAAGAGACAUUUUCUGUAAUAUCUGGGGCCUCUUCUGGUGACGUUGUUGGAUUGACGUCUGCUGCCUGUUGCACAGGUCCCAGCACUCCAGAACCGUGGACUUCUUUAGAGAAAACAACUCUUCAAAAGACAGCAGAAACUAUACAAACUGCAAUACUC